UUUCGUCGAUAGCACUGCAGAAUAGGCGACAUAAUUGGCACCGUGCGGGAAAUCACUUUACAGCUGCCACGAGAACGUACAUUUCGAAGCAGUCGUCGGUGAGUGCAGAAAAGUAAAGUAGUAUCGAUCAGCAGGCGCCGUCAGUGCCCCGUGACACGAGCGCACACGGUCACUAAAGGGGUCGCGUGCGCAUUCGUCGGUAAGCACAUCGCCGCCAAAUAACAUGCGUCGCGGCAGUAGUUAUCAAACUUUUUGCCGCCGCCAAAAUGAGCACCAAAACACACUUUUUCCGAGCAGAAGUAAAAAUGACUGCCGGGAGCGGUCACCGUCCGUCUACCUAAUUCGCGGCGCGCCCGCGGUGCGGCGCCAGCGCGGGUGGGCGCGGCCUCGGCAGUCCCCGCCCGCGGCGCGCUCGCCGCCCGUCGCCCCGGCAACCGCCGCUCGGCCGCUCGCUAUUGGCCGAGUAGCGCGCCGUGGGAGGGAUCGCCCCGGUAGUGGGGGAAAUCGGGGGAAUCGCCCCCUCCACCGAUCCCUCGGUGUCCAUUCGCUAUUUCAUGUUCCCAAACUUUAGAAGGCACUUCAGUUUGAUCAUCGAAAGCUAAAUAGUGCGUCCCCCUCUCUUGGCCAAACAAGAACGCGCGCGGAGUCCGGUGCGCGAGAGAGGAGUCGGCUGGCCCCCCACGUGAUCCGACGGACGCACACACGCGAACGCGCCGUGUACACACGGGCACGCGCUCACGCACACACGCGGACGGUCGCGCACGCAGACGCAGGUGGCCGUCGGCGUCGUUACGGAGGUCGGACGAAUGUUUGUUUUUCAAUCAGUGUAACUCUUUAGCGUCGCUGCGAGCCGGCAAACAGAGGCGGCGCGGCGCAGUGGAACCUGUUGCGUGCGGCCGUGCGCCGAUGCAGCGGAGGCUCCGGCAGCGGCAGCGAGAACAGAGACGGGCGUCGGCGCAGUGAGCGGCGGGCAGCGCCAGCGGCAGCGGAAGCGGCAGCGCCGGGCAUGAGUGCGUAGCGCCAGCGCGCGCCCGACCUCCAGCUAGCCAUGUUAGCGCAGAAGCUGUAUUCGUCGGAUCCGGUGUCCGUCGGGGGCGGCGGCGGCGGAGUCGCCGUGUCUGCCGGAGGCGGCGCCGGGGCCGGCACCGGAGGCGGCGUCGUCAUGAGCAGCGGCGGCCAGGCGCCGUCCAUGAGCCCCAUGCCGCCCGCGUACAGCGUCAACCCGGUGGGCUGCCUCUCCAUGAGCUCCAUGAACUCGCCGCAGGGCUUCGGCUCCAACGUGCUGAGCGGCGCGUCCAGCAUGACAUCGAUGGCGACCAUGAACGGCAGCUGCAUGUCGCCCGCGUCAGCUAUGGGCUACGGCGCCAUCGGCUCGCCCAUGGGCAACGCGAACGGCGUCAGCUCGUGCAUGGGCGGCAUGUCGGCGCUGAACGGCUACACGGGCGCGCUGGCGCCGGUGGGCGGCGGGCCCGGCGGCGGCGUGGGGUCGGCGCGGAUGGCGGGCGGCGCCGGGGCGGCCGACCUGGGCGUCGUGGGCGGCGGGCUGGGCGGCGGCGACGCGGGCUCCCCCGGCGCCCUGCAGCGCGCGCGCGGCGACAAGCCCUACCGCCGCUCCUACACGCACGCCAAGCCGCCCUACUCGUACAUCUCGCUCAUCACCAUGGCCAUCCAGAACGCGCCCAGCAAGAUGCUCACUCUCUCCGAGAUCUACCAGUUCAUCAUGGACCUGUUCCCGUUCUACCGGCAGAACCAGCAGCGCUGGCAGAACUCGAUCCGCCACUCGCUCUCCUUCAACGACUGUUUCGUCAAGGUGCCGCGCACGCCCGACAAGCCGGGAAAGGGUAGCUUCUGGACGCUGCACCCGGAUUCGGGCAACAUGUUCGAGAACGGGUGCUACCUGCGGCGCCAGAAGCGCUUCAAAGACGACAAGAAGGAGGCGCUGCGGCAGUCGCACAAGCAGCAGCAGCAACAGCAGCAGCAGCAACAGCAGCCGCCGCCGCAGCAGCAGCAACAGCAGCAGCAGCAGCAGUCGCCGGGCGGCGUCGAGGGCAAGAAGUCGCCGUCGCAGGAGCACCACGGCCAGCACCACGGCCACCACGCGCACAAGGCGCUGCCCGACAAGGAGGCGACGGGAGCGCUGGGCGCCAUGCUGGGCCUGCACGCCGUGCCCAAGGUGGAGGCGGCGGCCGACCCCAUGGGCGGGCUCCUGCAGCACGGCGCCGGCGGCGACCUGUGCCUGCAGCAGGCGGCGCUGCACCAGCAGCACCAGGCGCCGCACCAGCAGCAGCACCACCAGCACCACCAGCAGCAGCAGGAGGAGCUGGCCGCCAUGAUGGGCCGCUGCCACCCCGCCGAGCUGCUGCACCACCAGCCGCACCACCAGGGCCUGCUGCAGCACCACCACCACCAUCACCACCACCACCUCAAGCAGGAGCCGUACGCGGCCGCGUCGCACCCCUUCUCCAUCACGCGCCUGCUGCCCGACAAGGACAGCUCCAAGGUGUACGACAUGGCGGCGCAGUACGGCUACGGGCCGCUCAGCCCGGUCCACUCGGCGAGCGACGCCGCGGCCGCCGCCGCCGCAGCCGCCGCCUACUACCAGAGCCCGCUGUACCACGCGGCCGCCGCCUCCGCGCCGCCGCCCACCGCCACCUCCUUGUGACAGUACCCGCUGGCCUAGGCGACCCGCCCGUAAGUACGCGCCGCCCCGGGCCUCGCCGCGCUCUACGCGCCCGCGUCCUCGCCCCCUCCCGCGCCCAGCUGUGACAGUCUCUCCCGAUACUCCACGAGUGACAAUAUUACCUAGGAGGAAAGGUACUGGAAGUGAAACUGUGAGGUCGGGUCGCGAUUCGUUCUCAGAUAGCUCGGUCGGAAGAACACUUGCCAGCGACAGACAAAUUUCUGGGUUCGAGUCCCGGCUCGGCACACGGUUUCGAUCUGCUAGGAAAUUCCAUUCGCUAGACGUAUAACUCUCAAAAUCGUUGAUCUGUAUCCUCUUAGCGACAAAUUACGGCCACCAUUCAAUUCCAUCUAGCUCUUCCGAGGCGAAUUUCGGCUGUAUUGCAUUCCUGUCGUCAGGUGGAUGAAAUUCGCUCGUACCAACAGGUCCUUAUAACCAGUCUCUUUUGCUUUCACCUUUCCCACGACGCCUUUCGAUUUAUUGCAUUGGUAUCAUUAGGAGGACGAAAUUACCUCCCCCGGCCCGCACCUGCCGUGCUUAAUGUCGCCAUUCUCUUUGGGAACAAAUGAAGUGCCUUUCGUUUUCGUAGCAAUCUGAUAAUAGGCUAGAGAUCCAACUUUACCACUUAUUCUUUUCUGCGCUCAACCAACGAAAUACCAGUCCCAUCCAUUUUGCCGUUCCAUCACGUGUUUCCGUGUACUGGAUUCUCGUCAUUCACGAAACGAAAUUUCCUUUACUACAUGCAAAUUAUCUAUGUUAUUCGAUCCACCUGACGAUAGAUGUGUAAUACCCGAAAAGAAGUCGAGGAACUGUAACAAGACAGUGGUUGUUUAGAAAUGUAUUAUUAUUACAAUAAUAGCCCAAAAAAACGCCAUUACAGUCAGUGUUAAAACUGUGUGUGUUGCAUGAUAUUACGUACAAUGACUCGGACGCGAUUUUCUUUCCAGUAUCAGAUUUCGAAGCAUUCCCAAGUGGUAAUGAUCGAAAGGAGUUACGAAAAAAAUCAGUUCGUUUGAAGAAAGCGUAUGUGUAGUCGUAAAACGAAGUAGUUGUGUUGGAGACUGUCUUCUUGAACCAGCUUCGUGCCUUUUGGAUAAAACUUUAAUUAUUGAGGUCCGCUUAUACAACAAACAGUCAUUUGUUGAUUUCUGUUACGCCCCGGAUUCAUCUCGACGCAGUUACGUCGUCCUCUUCAUUUAUUGAUUUUUCAUUACGGCGUAAUGUUACGUCAUUACGUGAAGAGCGCCCUCCGGGUAUGACGUAGUUGCGGUGAGGUGGCUCCAGGCGAAUGCCAGGAUGAUUCCUAUGCAAAGCUAAAGACAGGUUACUCCCCCUCUUAGUCUUCAUUGACAUCGGUUUCAAGGAGACGUUAAACUCUAGCUUUCCAUUUUUCUCUUCGUCGAAAUAUUUCACGGGCAAAGCAAAAAUCAACAAUAAUUCUGCACUUGCAAACCUUGACAAGUAAGCUGUCCGGAAAAUUACGCAAGUGUGCGGAUUACUUGUCUGUAGUGUUAAUGACAGAUUGAAUAUCUAGUACGUUCCUGCCUUAAUUACUCAGAAUGAUGUAAUUUCUUUUGGUAUUGUUGUGAAUCGGGAGACACUUUCACAUUAAGCUCGGCAACUUCCGCGUCAGUUCCGAACUGUGUGGUCAGCAACUUAUGUUUUCCACUAAACUAUCCCCUCGUCCCUAGCGUCCAGUGAUAUUUUCUUAUCAGCAUUGGAAUAGCAGAAUGCCGAGUCUUGUAAAAUCUCACGCUUUCUGCGGAGACCUCAUCCUCCAAAACCCGCGCGAGGACGCGCCUUGCACUUUUUUUUUUUUUUUUUUUUUUGCCGUCUAGAGCGCGGCCCGGGGUGUCUUGCGAGCCCGCCAGCCAGCAAAGACGUCUUCUGUGAUAAACACUCCGCUCUUGGACGGGCGAAUCUCUGUCCAGGCCAUCAGUGCAAUUCAGUUUUUAAGGGACCGCAGCGAAAACAGAGUGUAUAUAUGUAUAUGUAUAUUACCGACCGCACGUGCAACUUGAACCUACCAAUGUGACUGUGUGUGUUUGUGCAAGAAGAAAAGUAUAUACAAAAUACUAAGUGUAAAUAAUCUCGGUUGCGAACACUUGACUGUCACUCUCCCGAGAGAAUGUGUCACGGUUUUAAUUUUUAUACGCUGGCGUGUUUAUAUUGUAAAGUGUACGGUUUCUUUUUUCUCUGUCUGUUGUUUUUGUACUCUUGGAGGACUGUGGACAGUGCUGAGCCUUUUUCCUACGGUAGGCCUUCUCACGUUCGCUCGUGCGUGCGCAGCUGCCCCGGCUCCGUACGCAGUUGCCACGCAACACAGUUCUUGGCAACUAGCAAACAAUGUUUCAUAGGACAAAGGGUAGCUGUGCGCUCACACAAUCUCACUCUCUCUCUCUUUACUGUAUCUCUUCUCUCUUCUAUAUACGUCUGAAGUUUGCAUAAUCUCUUUAUUCGGAAGGAAUCGCUUCUCUCGAGAUCUGAUUUUUGUAUAGCGUCUCUCACAAUUUGAACGAGCUUCUACGCACUCCACGUUUCUCGGUGCGUCACGUAAUGUGUACAUGUGUGUGUGUUUGUAUUGUAUGUGUGACCAGUCUUAUUAGUUCCUCGUUCUGUAGUCAUUAAUUGUCUCAGUGUGAUAAUCUCUCACGAUACAGAAGAACAGUGAAAGGGAAUCUCUUGUUAACGCAAUAAAAAAUCUCAUUGUACACCUAGACGUAACGUUACGGAAAGCGCCGUCUGAGAAGGCCUACCCAUCUGUUAGACAGCUACACCACUGUAUGUGUACAUUCUUUUGUUUCCACAGAUUUUUAUGUUUUCGUUUUAUCUUUGUAAAAUAGCAUGUAAUCUGGACGUAAGAAACUUUUAACAAUUAUCAACAUAGGGCGCAAGCCUCAUGUUUUGCUGUACAAACAUUAUUGUUUUGUUGUUAUCAUCACUUUUAGCAAUAUAUUCGUUCCUUGAACAAUUA